ACCCGCAAAACAGCUAGCUGGCUGGCAGCAGAGCUCUCCAAAGAGGGCCACCAGGUGGCUCUGCUGAGUGGAGAAAUGAUGGUGGAACAGAGGGCAGCUGUUAUUGAGCGCUUCCGGGAAGGCAAAGAGAAGGUCCUGGUGACCACCAACGUGUGUGCCCGUGGUAUUGAUGUUGAACAAGUGUCUGUCGUCAUCAAUUUUGACCUUCCUGUGGACAAGGACGGGAACCCAGACAAUGAGACCUACCUGCAUCGCAUCGGGCGCACUGGCCGCUUUGGCAAGAGGGGUCUGGCAGUAAACAUGGUUGACAGCAAGCACAGCAUGAAUAUCCUCAACAGAAUCCAGGAGCAUUUUAAUAAGAAGAUAGAAAGAUUGGACACAGAUGAUUUGGAUGAGAUCGAGAAAAUAGCCAACUGAGAAGCUUCACCAGCGACUGGCGCCACCCUCAGCACUGUCCCUGCCUGGGAGCCUAGUGCUUUCAUGGCAAAGGCCUUGACAGGCACCUCAAAGACCAAGGCCUGAGUAGAGACUACCUACCUCAUU